CUUGAAUCCCCCCACUUUACUCGCACUCGACGACUUUACGAACGACCUGACGACCCAAUGACUCUCCCACAACGACUCAAGAUGACCCUCCCCCUUCAACUAACACUAAUCACCAUCACCUUCCUCGUAUCCUCAGUUCGCGCACAGCAUGAAGGCCACGACAUGGACUGGGGAAUGCCAGACCACAGUAUGGGGGAUCACUCGAUGACACCCUACCUGCACUUUUCCGUGGGUGAUCACGUCUGGUUCAAAGAAUGGGUCCCCAAAACCAAAGGAGCCAUGUUCGGCGCUUGCCUGGGGCUAUUUUUGCUCGCGAUCGUCGAAAGAUGGCUGGCUGCAACGCGCGCUGUAGCUAAUUUGUGGUGGCGGAUGCGAACGGCAGAAUUGCUGGACUAUAUCCAUGACCAACACGCCACCGUGGAAGAGAAGGGCAAGUCACCUGAAUCGACACCGCCGACGUCGAUUCGAAAGUUCAGGACGAGGUUCUCAGCGCCGUUUAUCACGCUGAACGAAGUAUCGCGAGGAGUGCUAUAUGCAGCUCAAUCUCUGCUGAUGUUUGCCUUCAUGCUCGUCGUAAUGACGUACCAGGGCAGCUUCCUCAUUUCGAUUGUCUUGGGGCUUGGUGUCGGAGAAACACUCUUUGGCAGAUUCACGAAUGCUCAUGUGGGAUUGUACAUUUAAUUGAACAUUGCUUUUAGACCUCA